AUGGACACAUCACCCCCUCCUAUAGACGCUGGAGCUUUGCCUACGUCCUGUAUUACCCGUACAUACAGCCCUUCACCCACGAGAUAUUCGAGUUUACAAUCCGUCAAUGUAUUUCAUGCCCCUCUUCGCGUAGAACUGAGUCUGCAGUCACGUGAUGUGCCGUAUCAACGUCCCGAGGCAAUUGGAACCAAGGAACAACAACAAUUACAACAAUUACCACUUCUCAUUGAAGAACGUCUGCAAGACCUUCUUGGUGAGCCAUUGACUGUCGCUGAUCUUGCUAGUGUUCAAUUGAUGCCCAUGCGACCGUGUCUUCCACGGGAGAUUGUAGCCGUGAAAGACAGUGACGGUAUUUUGCGUUACGGGAAAGUCAAGGACGAGGAAGACAUCAGCAGCUCUCGAGAGGUCAAAGUGCAAGUAUCCAAGUCUUGUAUCAGGUGGUAUACAUUGUCACAAAUCUACUUUUUUCAGCCGAUUCAAGAAAGAACAAACAGCAAGGAGGUUCGUAUGUGGACUAGUGACAAGGAGGAGGAGACAGAAGCUUCGAUCGUUGGCGUAGUUGCUAAAGUAAACGCACUUUUAGCACGGAUGAACGUUUCGUUAAGCAUGAGCUACAAGGAGCUGCUGGAUGAGGUCUGGCGGCUGCAACACCGGGUCACGGUAGCAGAGGAAGACCGACGCGGUGCUUUGCAGCAGAUUGAGCAAGCUUUACGAGCGCAGAGAGAUGCAGAGAAGGCCUUGCUAUUGCGCGAUGUGUGUCAAGCGUCUUCAUGGUAG